AACCAUUCUGAUUGGUACGAUUUGAAUGAGUACUAUAUCUAUAUUUUCCAUCUUUACUCUUUAUUCAUUGUUAGUAUAUUUUAUACAUCAUCUAUGAUUCUAUAACGUAAAGUGAUACAAGUUUAUACGCAAAUGCGGGUAGAAGAUAACGUAUGUCAGUAGAAGGGAAAUGUUAAAAUUCGUUUAACUUAAUUUGUCGGGAAAUUUCAGACAUUCGUCAAAGGUCAACGUUCUGCGUGCAGGUAGGAAUAUAGUAUCUACUCGAAAAUUUUCUUAAAAUUAGUGGUAAAAUAGUGAUAAACAAGUUCUUGUGAUCUGAAUGACUAAUACUUUAUUAAUAGCACUAGAAAACUUCAAAUCGGUGUGAUGCUGUGGCAGACGGCUGAUGAUAAGACUGAAUACGAUGUUAAAAUCGUCUGUCCAGAAAAAAAUUUUAAAUUGGCCUGAUGAUCGACCAAUUACAGCUAUACAAAUUGUGGAAAAUUUAGAUAAAUGUCCUAGAGGAUUUUUUGCCAUCAGUAAAACUUAUGAUCAGGAUUCUGAUGCUGAUUUGAGGGAAAAUUCAAUCUUCAAAAGUAGUUCAGCAAGAUAUCUGUGUUUAUCAAAAACUGAAGGUUUGCCAAAUUUUGUAGUUCAAGAAAUACUAGUGCUUGCGGAUAAAGCUAAUCCACCGCAAGGAUUUAGUUUAUUAAAUAGAACCGCAGAUAGUGAACAAAAGGCGUGGAGGAAAAAACAAAUUUGUUACAAAUUAGUGAAUAGGAAAGACAUUAAAACUGCCGUUACCGAUAUAAUUAUUUGUAGUAGACUAAGGAAAGCACCAGCUGGAUUUUCAUUUGCAGGAGAAUUAAACGGUGUUACCCUUUGCUACAAAAUGGGUAAUGUACAAGAUACUCAAGCAUACAAUCCUAACGAUCAAACUCCACCCGAACGUCCCCCAAAACCAAACGCAAUGACUCCAGGAAAUCCCACAACAUAUCCAUUUCCUGAACCGGACCACGACUACGAAAUUCUGCGACAAGGACCUUAUCCUCCACUUCCGGCAGGACCUGCUGGAGCGCCUUUACGACCAGCUCCUAAACCUCCAGCACCUGUAUUACCACAUCAACAAUCUACACAUACCCUGAGUGGAUCUUCGCAAUUAGGACUAGAUGGUGUACCGUUUAUUGUAAAUCCCAGGUUUUUAACUAGCAAUAACUCAGAUAGGCUUCAGUUUCCAAGAAUAAAAGCAAAAACAAUGCAACAACUUCUCAAAGACUAUGAUUAUCCCUUUACUGUUGAAAGACAAUCUUAAUGGCACUUUUUUUUUCGAUACGUCUACACUAACACUUACAAAAAACGAACUGAAUCUGUUAUAGUGUAUAUGUAAGUUAUUAACGAAUUAUACAGGGAGAAACGAUGUAUGGUAAUUAUAGUAAAUCAAUUAUUUCACAAUGAGUAGAAAAUGUUGGAAAAUAAAUAUACAUUUAACAUUUAUUCAUUGUAUUUAUAAGAAAUAUUAUUCAUACAAUAAAAUAGAAAAAAAAUAGACUAUAAUUAUUAAGGAAAAAUGUUCUAGUUAGUACGUUUAUUUAUUUAUUCGCAUAUAUUCUCCCUGUAUUUAUUUGAUUAUAUCGUAUUUGACGUUCUAAUGUUAACUGUUGGCCAUUUAUGUGUCAUUUUUACAUUUAUAAUUUAGAGAUUAUUCACAUUAUUUAAAACAAUAUUAUAUUUUGUAUAUUCUCGUUUUAAUUCUAAAUAAACUAGCGUUUAU